GGGCGGGGCGCGCGCGGCGCGCAGUGCGGGCGCCACGUGGAGCGGACGCGGGACGCGCGGCACCGCCAUGGCCUCCAACGAUUACAGCCAGACGGCGACACAAAGCUACGGCGCCUACCCCGCCCCCCCCAGCCAGAGCUACUCGCAGGGCGGGGGCCAGAGCUACUCCCAGCAGAGCUACGGCGGCUACGGGCAGAGCUCGGACACGGGCUACGGCCAGGGCGGCUACAGCUCGUCCUACGGGCAGAGCCAGAGCGGUUACUCAGCGCCGGCGGCUCCUCCCUCCUACGGCUCCGGCGGCUUCGGCUCCGGGCAGAGCUCCCAGGGCAGCUAUGGCCAGAGCUCCUCCUACCCUGGCUAUUCCCAGCCCCCCGCGGCUGCCUCGGCCUCUGGGAGCUACGGCAGCGGCUCGGGCAGCUCCAGCUACGGGCAGGCGCCGAGCGGCGGCUACAGCCAGCAGCAGAGCGGGGGCUACAGCCAGCAGAGCUACGGCCAGCAGAGCUCCUACAACCCGCCCCCGAGCUACAGCCAGCAGGGCCAGUACAGCUCCGGGGGCUCCAGCAGCUACGGGCAGGACGGCGGCUCCCUGAGCUCGGGGGGCUACCAGGAGCCCGGCGGUGGCUACGGCUCCUCGGCGCCGGCCGAGCGCAGCCGCGGCCGCGGCGCCUUCGGCUCCCGCGGCGGCUUCGAGCGCGGCUCCCGCGGCUCCCGCGGCUCCCGCGGCGCCGCCAUGGGCGGUGGUGAGCGUGGUGGCUUCAAUAAAUUCGGUGGACCCCGGGACCAGGGGCCGAGACAUGACCCAGGCGAGCAGGACAACUCGGACAACAACACGAUCUUCGUGCAGGGGCUGGGCGAGAACGUCACCAUCGAGUCGGUGGCCGACUACUUCAAACAGAUCGGCAUCAUCAAGACCAACAAGAAGACGGGGCAGCCCAUGAUCAAUCUCUACACCGACCGCGAGACCGGGAAGCUCAAGGGCGAGGCCACCGUGUCCUUCGACGACCCGCCCUCGGCCAAGGCCGCCAUCGACUGGUUCGACGGGAAGGAGUUCUCGGGCAAUCCCAUCAAGGUGUCGUUCGCCACUCGCCGCGCGGAUUUCACCCGGGGCGGGGGCGGCCGCGGCCGGGGCCGGGGAGGCCCCCUGGGCCGGGGCGGGUUCGGCUCCGGCUCCGGUGGCCGCGGCGGCUUCACGGGCGGGGGAGGGGCCCAGCAGAGAGCGGGGGACUGGAAAUGCCCCAACCCGGCGUGCGAGAACAUGAACUUCUCGUGGCGGAACGAGUGCAACCAGUGCAAGGCGCCCAAGCCCGAGGGGGGGCCCGGGGGGCCUCACCUGGGCGGGGGCGGGGCCGGCAAGUACCCGGGGGGCGGCGGCCGCGGCGGCAACCACCUGGGUGGCGGCGGGUUCGAGGAGCGCCGCGGUGGCCGCGGGGGCUUCGACCGGGGCGGGUUCCGGGGCCGCGGCGACCGCGGCGGCUUCCGGGGGGGCCGAGGGGGCGACCGGGGCGGCUUCGGGCCCGGCAAGAUGGACAGCAGGGGCGACCACCGGCAGGACCGACGCGAGCGGCCGUACUGAGCCCCUCCCCCACCCCUCCCCGCCCCUCCCCCACCCCCGUUUUUGUACUGGCCGCCCCACCCCGGCCCCGCCCCUCCCCCCGCGGGCUCCGCCCCCCCGCUUUUAACCCGCCCCUCCCCCACCCCCCCAAUAAAGGGAUUUCGGGGGAAGGAA